CCAUGUCCGACUUCGUGGAAAGCGAAGCUGAGGAAUCGGAGGAGGAGUAUGACGAAGACGGGGAAGUGGUCACGAGACCCCCCAAAAAGUUUGUGGAAGAUGAAGAUGAGGAGGAAGAAGAAGAGAACAUGGAUGACCAGGACGAGCAAGGGAACCUCAAAGGCUUCAUCAACGACGAUGAUGACGAGGAAGAGGAGGAGGAGGAAGAGGCCAGCGAUUCCGGAGACUCGGAGGAUGACGUCGGGCGCAAGAAGAGGAAACGCAAUUUUGACGACCGCCUGGAGGACGACGACUUUGACCUCAUUGAAGAAAACCUGGGCGUCAAAGUGAAACGGCAAAAAUUCAGGCGGGUACGGAAAAUGUCCGAUGAUGAAGACGACAAGGAGGAGGACUACGGCAAGGAGGAACACGAGAAGGAAGCCAUUGCGGAAGAGAUCUUCCAGGACGGGGAAGGCGAGGAGGGGGGCGAUGGAGGCGACGGGCACUUGGCCGCAGCUGAGGAUGAGGAGGACGAAGAGGAAGACGAGUCCGACAUCGAUGACUUCAUUGUGGACGAUGAUGGGCAACCACUGAAGAAGCCCAAAUGGAGGAAGAAGCUCCCCGGAUACACAGACGCAGCCUUGCAGGAAGCCCAGGAGAUCUUCGGCGUGGACUUUGACUACGAUGAGUUUGAGAAAUACAACGAAUACGAUGAGGAGAUGGAGGACGAGUACGACUACGAGCCGGAAGAGACGGAGGGCGAGAUCCGCGUCCGGCCCAAGAAGACGGCCAAGAAGCGGGUCAGUCGCCGUAGCAUCUUCGAGAUCUACGAGCCCAGCGAGCUGGAGAGCAGCCACCUGACCGACCAGGACAACGAGAUCCGGGUGACCGACAUGCCCGAGCGCUUCCAGCUGCGCUCCAUUCCCGUCAAGAGCGCGGAAGAUGACGAGCUGGAAGAGGAAGCCGACUGGAUCUACCGGAACGCCUUCGCCAUGCCCACCAUCUCCCUGCAGGAGAGUUCGGACUACUUGGACCGUGGCCAGAGCAGCAGUAGCUUCAGCCGCAAAGGGCCCAGCACCAUCCAGAAGAUCAAGGAGGCCCUCAACUUCAUGAGGAACCAACACUUUGAGGUCCCCUUCAUCGCCUUUUACCGGAAGGAGUACGUGGAACCCGAGCUGCACAUCAACGACCUCUGGAGAGUCUGGCACUGGGACGAGAAGUGGACCCAGCUGAAGAUCCGUAAGCAGAACCUGACCCGGCUCUUUGAGAAGAUGCAGGCCUACCAGUACGAGCAGAUCUCUGCUGACCCGGACAAGCCCCUGGCUGACGGCAUCCGGGCCCUGGACACCACCGACAUGGAGAGGCUGAAGGACGUGCAGUCGAUGGACGAGCUGAAGGACGUCUACAACCACUUCCUGCUCUACUACGGCCGAGACAUCCCCAAGAUGCAGAACGCCGCCAAGGCCAGCCGCAAGAAACACAAGCGGCUGCGGGAGGAUGGCGAGGAGGAGGAAGGCGAGGGAGAGGAUGGAGAGGACGAAGAGCAGAAGGGGCCGGAGCUCAAGCAGGCCUCCCGCCGGGACAUGUACACCAUCUGCCAAGCGGCCGGUCUAGACGGGCUGGCCAAGAAGUUUGGGCUGACCCCCGAGCAGUUUGGGGAGAACCUCCGGGACAGCUACCAGCGCCACGAGACCGAGCAGUUCCCUGCAGAGCCCCUGGAGCUGGCCAAGGACUACGUCUGCAGCCAGUUCCCCAGCCCCGAGGCCGUGCUGGAAGGGGCCUGCUACAUGGUGGCCCUGCAGAUCGCCCGGGAGCCCCUGGUCCGUCAGGUGCUGCGGCAGACUUUCCAGGAACGGGCCAAGAUCAACGUUGCCCCCACCAAGAAGGGCAAGAAGGACGUGGACGAGGCCCAUUACGCCUACUCCUUCAAGUACCUAAAGAACAAGCCGGUCAAGGAACUGCGAGACGAGCAGUUCCUGAAGAUCUUCCUGGCCAAGGAGGAGAGCCUACUGACCAUCGACAUCUCCGUGGACAUGAAGGGCGUGGAGGGCUACGGCAGUGACCAGACCUACUUCGAGGAGAUCAAGGCCUUCUACUACCGCGACGAGUUCAGCCACCAGGUGCAGGAGUGGAACCGCCAGCGCACCCUGGCCAUCGAGCGGGCCCUGCGCCACUUCCUCUACCCGCAGAUGGCCAAGGAGCUGAUGAACAGGCUGCUGCUGGAGGCCAAGGAGUGCGUCAUGAAGGCCUGCAGCCGGAAGCUGUACAACUGGCUGAAGGUGGCCUCUUAUCGCCCGGACCAGCAAGUGGAGGAAGAGGAGGACUUCCUGGACGAGAGCCAAGGGAAGGGCAUCCGGGUGCUGGGCAUCGCCUUCUCCUCGGCCAGGAACCACCCGGUCUUUUGCGCCCUGCUCAACGGGGACGGAGAGGUCACGGAUUUCCUGCGCCUGCCCCACUUCACCAAGCGGAGGAACGCCUGGCGGGAGGAAGAGAGGGAGAAGAAGGCUCAGGAUACUGAGACCCUGAAGAAGUUCCUGCUGGGGAAGAAACCCCACGUGGUGAUCAUUGGGGGAGAAAACAGGGAUGCGCAGAUGCUGGUGGAGGACGUGAAGCGGAUUGUCCACGAACUGGAACAGGGCCAGCAGCUCUCCUCCAUCGGUGUGGAGCUGGUGGACAACGAACUGGCCACCCUUUACAUGAACAGCAAGAAAUCGGAGAUCCUGAAACAGAACAACACCCGGCUGGAGAACCGGACUCAGCUGGUCACCAUGUGCCACAUGGGGCCCAAAGUCUUCAUCAACUGUGCUGGCUUCAUCAAGAUCGACACGGCCUCGCUGGGAGACAGCACGGAUUCCUACAUCGAGGUCCUUGACGGCUCCAGGGUCCACCCGGAGACCUACGAAUGGGCGCGGAAGAUGGCCGUGGAUGCUCUGGAAUACGACGAGUCGGCCGAGGACGCCAACCCCGCCGGGGCCCUGGAGGAGAUCCUGGAAAACCCGGAGCGUCUGAAGGAUCUGGACCUGGAUGCCUUCGCGGAAGAGCUGGAGAGGCAGGGCUACGGCGACAAACACAUCACCCUGUACGACAUCCGAGCGGAGCUGAGUUGCCGCUACAAGGACUUGCGCAGCCCGUAUCGCGCGCCCAAUUCCGAGGAGGUCUUCAACAUGUUGACCAAGGAGACCCCCGAGACCUUUUACAUCGGUAAGCUGAUCAUCUGCAACGUGACGGGAAUCGCCCAUCGGCGGCCGCAAGGAGAAAGCUACGACCAGGCGAUCCGGAACGACGAGACGGGCCUCUGGCAGUGCCCCUUCUGCCAGCAGGAUAACUUCCCGGAGCUGAGCGAGGUCUGGAACCAUUUUGACAGCGGUUCCUGCCCCGGUCAGGCCAUUGGGGUGAAAACCCGUCUGGACAACGGGGUCACCGGCUUCGUCCCCACCAAAUUCCUCAGCGACAAGGCGGUCAAACGGCCGGAGGAAAGAGUCAAGGUGGGGAUGACCGUCCAUUGCAGGAUCAUGAAGAUCGACAUUGAGAAGUUUAGUGCUGACCUGACCUGCAGAACCUCGGACCUGACGGACCGGAGCAACGAGUGGAAGCUGCCCAAGGACGCCCACUACGACUUUGCGGCCGAGGCCACUGACCACAAGCAUGAGGAAGAGCUGAAGAGGAAGCAGCAGCGGACCAGUGAACUGGAGGAGCUGCUGAUUAAGACCAAGAAGGAGAAGCCCACCUUCAUCCCCUACUUCAUCUGCGCCUGCAAGGACCUUCCGGGGAAGUUCCUGCUGGGCUACCAGCCCCGAGGGAAGCCCAGAAUCGAGUACGUGACGGUGACGCCAGAGGGAUUCCGGUACCGCAACCACAUCUUCCCCACGGUCAACGGCCUCUUCCGGUGGUUCAAGGAUCACUACCAGGACCCCGUCCCAGGUGUCACUCCCAGCAGCAGCAGCCGAACCCGGACGCCCGCCUCCAUCAACGCCACCCCUGCCAACAUCAACCUCGCAGACCUGACCCGAGCCGUCAACGCCUUGCCGCAAAACAUGACCUCUCAGAUGUUCAGCGCCAUCGCUGCCGUGACCGGCCAGGGCCAAAACGCCAACGCCACCCCUGCACAGUGGGCUUCCAGCCAGUACGGCUACGGGGGCAGCGGCGGAGGCAGCAGCGCAUACCACGUCUUCACCACGCCCGCCCAGCAGCCGGUGGCCACCCCUUUGCUGACCCCCAGCUACUCCUACACCACCCCCAGCCAGCCCAUCACCACCCCCCAGUACCACCAGCUCCAGGCCAGCACCACCCCCCAGUCCACCCAGUCUCAGCCGCCCUCACAGCAGCCUUCCUCCAGCUCCGGGCAACGGCAGCCCCCCAAGUCCAGCUCCCAGGUGCCCAUCGACUGGGGCAAGAUGGCCGAACAGUGGCUGCAGGAGAAGGAGGCCGAGCGCCGGAAGCAGAAGCAGCGGCUGACCCCUCGGCCCUCGCCCAGCCCCAUGAUCGAGAGCACGCCCAUGUCCGUGGCCGGAGACGCCACCCCGCUCCUGGAUGAGAUGGACCGGUAG